GCCAGUUUGUGAACUCAAUUGAGCUGGUGUAUAUAGUUCUCGGAAAAUUUGUGCUUCCCGUACAUUUAAGGAUAAAUAGGUUUUCAAAUGGUCCCGAACUCUUUAAAUGUCGAAAAGACCGUCAUGAAUUAUUUGCUAUACACAUCUGUGCUGGUGUUCGGCGUACGAGCGUCUGAAGUCGGGUCGAACAGUUAUAAUAAUUAUACUCUCAGACGACACAAGGUCCACAAUAUAGUUUUGUACCCGGACAAGCAUUCGUGGUGCACGAGCACGCCCAUUAAACAAGUCAUAUCCGACGUCGAUUGCGAUCCCGUGGAGAUUGACAACCUCGUUUGCCUGGGUGCAUGUUUCAGUUAUUCCAUACCGAGGACGGUUCCUACCAACAACGGCGAUGAAGUCAACUCGUACUGCGACUCGUGCCAACCCGUAAACACGCUAUGGAUUCCUGUACAACUGAAGUGCAGCGAUGGGUCGAAUCACACGAAACGUGUACAGCUGAUCAAAGAAUGCCGGUGCUCGUCCUGUAGCCGACACUGGGAACUGGAAAAUCCUCCGACGGACUUCGCAGACGAGAGAGCCUCCAUACAGACAUCGAGAUAUAUGCAACUGAUGAAACUUGAACAAAACGAAAACGCUGAAAACGAAGAGACUUCUACGGACGCGGUGUCGAGGUCUGCGGACGACAUUUUGGACGCAGUCAACUUGACUAGGCUGGCUUACGAGAAAAACAUUUGGAUCCGAGGUCCUCAUCAUUCGAAGGUGCUAUUAAGAAAAGAAAAUAUGGUAAGCGCGCCGAACGUCGCAGCCAACGACGAUAUCGCUCAACAAUAUUUGGGAGAAGGCGAUGACAAUAAGAAUAAACUUUGACACGGAUUUUUAACUAUUUUAUAUAUAUAUUAUAAUUUUAUAGUUUUUUUAAUUAUUUGCAUCAGUUACAAAAUAUAUUAUAAUAUAAAAUAUAUA